AUGUCUGUUCACUUCACAGAAACAAACACAACCCAAAAAUACCACUUGAUUAAAGACAAGAAGACCUGGCAGAAAGCUCAGAGUUACUGCAGAGAGAAACACACAGACCUGAUCAGUGGAACGAAGCAGCUGCUGGAUGGAGAAGUGGAGAAAGUGAUGGACUCUGACUAUAAAUACCCAUACAUUGGUUUGUUCAGAGACACCUGGAGGUGGUCAGAUGGAAACAGUUUCUCUUUCAGACACUGGAAUAAUGAUUUUAUCAGUCAACAACCCAACAGUGAUCGAUGUGCCGUGACUGUGUUUGAUGAUGGAGGCAGAUGGAAGAAUGAGAACUGUGAUAAAAGAAAACCCUUCAUCUGUUAUGAUGAUAAUGUGAUCCUGAUCAAAGAGAAGAUGAACUGGGAGGACGCCUUGUACUACUGCAGAGAUCAUCACCAUGACCUGGUCACCAUCGCCAACAUGGAUGAUCAGAGAUUGAUCCAGGAUAAAGUCAAGGAGGCAUCGACUGAUUAUGUCUGGAUGGGUCUGCGCUUCACCUGCACUCUGGAUUUCUGGUUCUGGGUCAGUGACGAGGUGGUCAGCUAUAAGAACUGGGCUUCAAAUCCACCGAUGGACGACUGUGACAUGUCUGGAGCCAUGGAGACGAGAGGAAACCAUCAGUGGUACAAAAGAAAUGAUGCUGAGAAGUUAAAUUUCAUCUGUUCUAAAGAGUAAAAUCCUCUCUACUUGUUUUUACUUCAUGUUGUUCUUAUUAAAUGUUGGUUUCUUCCAACUUUACUUUCCUACUGAGAGAAAAGAAAAUCUUCACAUCAGCAGUGCUGAACCUUUCUCUUUAAUUUUAAUGUGGUUUUUGGUUUUCAUAGCCUGUUAUGCAACAUACCAGUGUGUUUUAUUUUGUCUCUUAAAGUUUUAUUUGUUUAUAUUAAGCUUAUUUAAUUACAUGUUAUCUAAUUAUAUCCUAAUAUUUAAAUUCUCUAAGUUUUUGAUAAUCAUGACAAGUUCUGUCAGAUAUUUUAAGAAUGUGACUCUUUUCUUAUAAUCAGAAAUUGUGGGUUUGAUUCCAGCUUCAUCUUGCCGCAUGUUGAUGUUCCUCUGAGCAAGGCACUUAUCUCUAUUGAAAUGUAUUUG